CAAUGGGGUGAGCGGGUUGGAUGCUUCUGCUCAAACAGCCCAAUCAGAGCGCUUUGUUCCAGGAAUUUAAAGGUCUGUGCGGCAUUUUGGUCACAUUUAAGACCUUUUUCUAGAAGCAGGAGCUGCUCCACAAAGUCAACUUUUGACACCUGACACUUGGGGGGCGAAAAUGUCUGAGAACGCCGAACGUCUGAACAAGUUCAAGAACAAAGGCAAAGAUGCUAAUGAGCUUCGACGCAGGAGAGUGAUGGUUUCCGUCGAACUCCGCAAAGCCAAGAAAGAUGAUCAGAUGUUCAAAAGAAGGAACGUGAGUGCACUUCCUGAGGAUGCCACCUCUCCGCUCCAAGAAAAGAACCAAAACAACCAGACUUCCAGUCAGUGGACGGUUGCAGAGAUUGUCAGUGGUGUGAACAGCGAUAACACCGAGUCACAGCUCCAGGCAACACAGGCAGCACGCAAACUGCUGUCACGGGAGCGGCAUCCCCCCAUUGACCAGAUCAUCAGUGCGGGUCUAAUCUCCAAGUUUGUGACCUUCCUGGGACUGUCGGCGUGCCCUCCUAUACAGUUUGAGGCUUCCUGGGCUUUGACAAACAUUGCCUCUGGGACAUCUGAUCAGACGGCCGCUGUCGUCGAGGGAGGAGCUAUUCCUGCCUUCAUUAGCCUGGUCACUUCCCCCCACCAGCACAUCAGCGAGCAAGCUGUCUGGGCUCUUGGAAACAUUGCUGGUGAUGGAUCAGCUCUGAGGGACAAGGUGAUCAAGCAUGGAGCUGUGGCUCCCCUGCUGAGUCUGAUCACAGUUCCAGACCUCUCUGGAUUAAAUCCUGGUUACCUGAGAAAUGUGACGUGGACCGUGUCCAACCUCUGUCGCAACAAGAACCCUUCCCCUCCCAUAAGCGCCAUCCAGCAGCUCUUACCUGCUCUCAUCCGUCUCCUUCACCAUGACGACAAAGAGGUGUUGGCUGAUGCCUGUUGGGGCGUUUCCUACCUAACUGAUGGGUCUAAUGAUCGUAUCGAGGUGGUGGUCCAAGCAGGCCUGGUGCCUCGCCUGGUCCAGUUGCUGGGCUGUGGAGAACUGUCUGUGUUGACCCCUUCUCUGCGUGCCAUCGGUAACAUAGUGACUGGCACAGAUGAGCAGACUCAGACAGUGCUCAAUGCCGGGGUCCUGGCCAUGUUCCCCCAAUUACUGUGCCACAACAAGGCCAAUAUUCAGAAAGAAGCUGCCUGGACGUUGUCCAACAUCACUGCGGGAAAAGACACCCAAAUCCAGGAGGUCAUCAAUGCAGGCCUUGUUCCGCAUUUGGUCAAUGUGCUUGUGAGGGGUGACUACAAAACCCAGAAGGAGGCAGUGUGGGCCGUGACAAACUUCACCAGUGGGGGCACUGUGGAGCAGGUGGUGUGCUUGGUUCAGUGCAAUGUCCUGGAGCCGCUUCUGAACCUUCUCUCUUCAAAGGACAGCAAAACUGUCCUGGUCAUCUUGGAUGCCAUCACCAACAUAUUUUUGGCUGGUGACAAAAUUGGGGAGUCAGACAAGUUGGCCCUUAUGAUUGAAGAAUGUGGCGGACUGGAUCGCAUUGAAGGGCUACAGUCUCAUGAGAAUGAGACCAUCUACAAAGCCGCCCUCAACCUGAUUGAGAAAUACUUCUCUGAAGAGGAUGGGGAGCUGCAGUCUGUCGCCCCAGAAGCAACCGCUGAUAGUUACGCUUUCCAAAUCGGUGAAAACCAGAGCGCUUUCAACUUCUGAACGAAAGUUCUUCUACACUCAACUGUACUGUUGUCUCACUAUGGUUUGUCCUUGUUCAUGUCAAUGUUGUAUGUCGUGUACAUACCGUCUUAACACUUGAACCACAAAUGUAAAUAAAGAUUUUGGACUGUGAA